CUCACGGGGCCAGUCGCCUCCCCGGCCCGCGACCAGUCCCCAGACGGGCUGGGGGCAGCGAGCGGCCGGCCUCAUGCCAGCACCCGCAGACCCUGCCCUUGCACGGGCCGAACCGCUGCCCCGGGCCGGCUUCUGGGGUACUCAGCCCCAGGAACAGGAGAGAAGGAUUUGCCAUGGCUUUUUUUGCUGGGCUCUGGGGCCCCUUCACUCAUGCAAGCAGAGCAUUCAGCCAGCGCAGUUUCAGCACCACUGGGAGCUUCAGUGCAAUUCAGAAGAUGACGCGGGUCCGUGUGGUGGACAACAGUGCCCUGGGGAAUACUCCGUACCAUCGCCCUCCUCGUUGCAUCCAUGUUUAUAACAAGAGUGGGGUGGGCAAGGUGGGCGACCGGAUACUGCUGGCCAUCAAGGGACAGAAGAAAAAGGCGCUCAUUGUGGGGCAUCGCAUGCCUGGCCCCCAGAUGACCCCCAGGUUCGACUCCAACAACGUGGUCCUCAUUGAGGACAAUGGUAACCCUGUGGGCACUCGAAUUAAGACACCCAUCCCUACCAGCCUUCGCCAGAGGGAAGGUGAAUUUUCCAAGGUGCUGGCCAUUGCUCAGAACUUUGUGUGAGUGGGGCUCAGGCCGCUGGCUGCAGGGGAAUUCAGGGGAGGGCACUCUGGGCCCCCUUGGCUGGGGAACAGUGUCCUAUGAAAAAAUAAACCUUUUCAUGAAUGUUUCUUCCUAA